AUGUCCAUCAUCCUGCCUGGCGAACAUGUGCCGGCGCGCCAUGUAAACCUCAAGCUGGGACCGGGUCUCCUUCAACUAUCGAGCCCGGAUAAACGUAGAGGGAUCGCAGACGAGGGACUUGGUAUAAUUUCCACCAAAGCUGGCACACUCCACCAUUCAACGAAUCAAAGCAAAUGGUGGAUCGAAAAUAAUUCACGGCGUUACGUACCAGCACAACAAGAGAGCGUCAUCGGGGUCAUUAUCCUCCGCAGCGGGGAAGGCUUUCGUGUGGACAUUGGGUCUGCACAUACAGCCUCGCUGGAUGGCCUGGCUUUCGAAGGGGCAACGAAACGGAAUAAACCCAACCUCAAGAUCGGCUGUCUAGUCUAUGCAAGAGUGUCGCUGGCUCACAAAGACAUGGAGCCUGAACUCGAGUGCUUCGACGCGCAGACGCGUAAAGCUGAAGGAUUCGGAGAGCUAAAAGAAGGAUUCCUGGUGCGAUGUAGUUUGAAGAUGAGCCGAUUAUUAUUGGAUCCCAAGCACUUCCUUCUCCCUCUGUUAGGCCAUCGAUUCCCCCUUGAAGCAGCUGUGGGCAUGAACGGGCGGAUAUGGGUGAAUACCAAAGAGAUGAAGCACACUAUUGCGGCGACGAGAUGCAUCGAAGCGGUUGAUCCGGAUGGAGGUGGGAUGGAUGAGAGAGGUGUCAAGGAAUUUUUGAACGCCCUCGACGUAGAAUGA